GAAGCAGAAGAUACCAAAAUUCCACCAACACUAAGCUGCAAGGCUUUCAAGACGGCAUCCCCCGUCGGACCUAUGUCAGUGUUACGACAAUUGCUGCUACUCAAUUUCAAUCAGAAAGCCCAGACCAGAAGUCAUCACAACUUAGAGCUGAUAAACUCCUUCAUAACAUAACAAAGAGCUAUCGAUUAGCUCGCGAUCGAACAAUCGAUAAUCGACAUCAAGUGAGGCGAUCGAUAAACGUUGUUGUUGUCUUUUUAUACCCAAACGUUAGGGAGAAAUUCGCAAACAUUUUUUACC